AUGGGCAUCAAAGGCUCCAAGCCCAAGCUCUCCAAAGAGGAUCUGGAGUUCUUGAAGAAGAAUACCAACUUCACGGAGGAGCAGAUUAAAGAAUGGUACAAGGGCUUCGUGGUAAGUAAACCUUUAAUUUUUAAUUUCUUUAUAAUAUUCACGGAUCCCCUUGUACCAAAUUAAAUGCAUUUGUUUCAGCAAGACUGUCCAAAAGGCCAUCUAACAAAAGAGCAAUUCAUCAAGGUCUACAAAGACUUCUUUCCUUCAGGGAGUGCAGAAGGAUUCUGCGAACACGUCUUUCGCACAUUUGACACCGAUAACAGCGGUUUUAUUGAUUUCAAAGAAUUUCUUUUGGCUAUUAAUGUAACCUCAUCGGGAACCCCCGAACAGAAAUUGGAGUGGGCUUUCCGAAUGUACGAUAUUGAUGGAAACGGGACAAUAGAUGAAAAGGAGAUGAUCAAGAUUAUAGAAGUACGUUUUAUGAGAGAUGCAACGAUUCCCCGAGGAGUGAAUGCAUUAUAAAUACGAUUAUAGGCGAUCUAUGAGAUGCUCGGACCAGAAGUGACCAAGUCGGCAGACGACUCACCUCGCAAACGAGCUAAGAUGAUCUUCGAGAAGAUGGAUGUGAAUAAUGAUAAGGAACUCACCCUCAAAGAGUUUGUGGACGGCUGUCUGGCCGACAAGGAGUUGUUCCAGAUCUUGACCAACGAGGUCAAGAAAUAA